GCGGCCCCAUCGCGGCCGGCGCGGAGCCGGCAUGGAGCGCGCCGAGGCCUACGGCUUCUCGGGCGCCAUGAGCGGCGCCUUCCUGCUGUCGUGCCUGCUCUUCGCGGCCGUCAGCCGCCGACAGCGCGGGCCCUACAUGGACGAGGUGUUCCACGUCCCGCAGGCUCAGGCCUAUUGCCACGGCCGCUUCCUGCAGUGGGACCCCAUGAUCACCACGCUGCCCGGCCUGUACCUGCUCUCGGUGGGAGUGGUGAAGCCCGCUGCGUGGCUCCUCGGCUGGACGGGAAGCGUGGUGUGCUCUGUGGGAAUGCUCAGGUUUAUCAAUCUCCUCUUUAGUGCUGGGAACUUCUAUUUACUGUACUUGCUUCUGUUCAAGAUCCAUCAGAAGAAUAAGGCUGUGUCUGGUUUCCAGAGGAUAUUGUCUGCAUUAACUCUUGCAGCGUUUCCCACCCUUUAUUUUUUUACAUUCCUUUAUUAUACAGAUCCAGGAUCAGUAUUUUUUACUCUUUUUUCCUAUUUAAUGUGCCUUUAUGGUAACCAUAAAACUUCUGCUCUCCUUGGAUUUUGUGGCUUCAUGUUUCGUCAGACAAAUAUUGUGUGGACAGUUUUUUGUGCUGGAAAUGUUGUUGCAGAGAAGGUAAAUGAAGCCUGGAAGAUUGAGUUGCAGAAAAAGAAAGAUGAAAAGAUUUCUUCCAAGAAAGGAUCAUUUUCAGAUUUGACCAGAAUACUGCAGUUUCUUGUUGAAUAUCUCUUGUCACCCAAAAAUUUAGUUACACUUACUGCUUUAACUUGGCCAUACAUCAUAUUAGUAUCUCUCUUCUUUGUUUUUGUCUUCAUCAAUGGGGGAAUAGUUGUUGGUGAUAGAAGUAGUCAUGAAGCCUGUUUGCACUUUCCUCAGCUGUUCUAUUUUCUGUCCUUUACUCUUUUUUUCUCAUUUCCUCAUUUACUGACCCCUACUAAAAUCAGGAAAUUCCUUUUGUCAUUGCGAAAGCACCCUGUGCAGUAUAGCUUAGUCGCUGUCAUCUCUUUAUUCCUCAUCUGGAAAUUUACCUAUGUCCAUAAGUAUUUACUAGCAGACAACAGACACUAUACGUUUUAUGUCUGGAGAAAAGUGUUCCAAAGACAUGAGCUUGUAAAAUACCUGUUAGUUCCGUUCUAUAUAUUUGCUGGCUGGAGUUUUGCUGAUACACUAAAAUCAAAAUCAAUAUUUUGGAUCUUAAUGUAUUUUGUAUGCUUAUUAGCAGUCACAGUUCCUCAAAAAUUGCUAGAAUUUCGUUACUUUAUUUUGCCAUUCUUAAUAUAUAGGCUUAAUAUUCCAUUUCUGUCUCUAUAUAGACAACUUCUGGAGCUGGCUUUUUAUAUUUUAGUAAAUGCUGUAACUUUUUAUCUUUUUCUAAAUAGAACAUUCCAAUGGGAAAAUAGUGAUGAAGUACAGAGGUUUAUGUGGUGACUUUUUGGUACUUUUAUACCUGUAGGAAAACACAGUUCUGUUUCAGGACUGGACUCUGGAAUGAAGCAGUAUGUUUUGCAUCAUGUAAGGACUAUUUUCCCUAGCUGGAAUUGGGAAGUAAGCUCUUUGCUUAUAUUGUUGCAACCAAAUGCAAGAUCUGUUAUAAUGUGAAGGUACUCCAUAUAUUGAAUUUAUGAAUAUUUAAAAAUUCAAUAUGAGGGGAAAUGUGAGAACACUUUCUGUAAUUAAUGUAAAAUAAGGAAGAUGUUUACUGUCAUUUUUCAUGACAAUAAAAUAUUAUAUAACAUGCCCUUGAAGAUAAAGUAGUUUAUAAGUAUGUUUCAGAGGUUUCUCUUUUACAAAAGAAGGAUUUCAGUCUAUUCAACCUUUUUGUUGAUUUAUCUGUGUGCAUAUUUAUUCCUCGAAUCAGGCCAUUUCCUUCUAGGUUUACUAGUGGUCAAAGUGUAAACCACUUUUAAAGUACUAAGUUUUCAAAGCCUCCUAUGUCUCACUGAAUUUCCAUUCCUUUUUUUGUCAGUAAAUGCUUACAUUAGUUUUGUGAGCAGAAUGGGCUCUUAAACCCUAGAGAAGUUUGGACAUUUUAUUUCAAACUGAUACUUAGAAAACACAUGCUAUGUGUGUGCACCUUCUUUGGAGGAAUAAGUGUAACUGUACAAUAAAACAUAAAUGGCAGUUGGUAAUGUGCCCUGUUAGAAAGGGAGUAGUUUACAGAUGUCAGACUGCAACGUGCAGUGGAUUGCAGCUCUCUUAAAUAAUUGAACUUUUAUGUCCUGUGGUUCUGUGCUCACAGGUUUGUGCUGAAAUCGACUCUGAGUGCAACUUCGGAGUUGCACUGAGUGUUUCAAAGAUCUUUGAUGUGUAAUCCUCAAGAGGUACUAAUGGCAUUAUUGAACUAUUCUUUUAAGUAUUUUUCACAUUUAAUGGAACUUCAGUGUAUAUAUUCUGUUUGACAAAGUGAUGUAUAUAUAUUUAAAAGCAUCUAGUGUGCAUUAUCAUCAGAGUAAAUGAAGGCUUUAAUAGUUCCUGUAAGUAGAUCACUUAUAUUAAGUCUCAAAAAUAUUUGAUUGCUACAGUAUGUGGCAGGGGAGAGUGGUCUCCAAAACUUCAGGCACUGUGUAGCUUCCUUAAAUUCAUUAUUGUUCUGUAAUGACAAUAAUUCAGCCAAAUCUGUGCAAACAUCAUAUUAUUGCCACUCAAGUCACUUGGAAUUGGAAUUGUUUCUCAAGAGGUCUGUUCUGGGGUGUUACAGGCUCAGGUCAGUACUGUUACUGGUCCAUGUCCUGGUUCCAAUUCCUUCCCUGUACUAGCCCUGUGAUGGGUGUGGUGAGCUCAGAUUCUGAUCAAUGCCUCUGCAACCCUGUUUCUCCUAAGUUAACCUCCAGCCAUUCUUCAAUGAGCAGCUGUUUGUAUUGAAUUCAGGAUAUUUACCAGGUCCCUUUUUGCUUCUUGGCCUUUUGCAAGGCUGGUAAUUUGUUGUCAAUGUGUACCAUAGGGAAAGCCAUUUUCUAUCAGUCCCUAUUUGAUUCUUCAGGUUGAAGGGACAAAAGAAACCUGAAGUGGAUUGCUUUUGAAGAAUCCAGUGUUGUUCUGUCAGAGUCCAGGAUGUUGUGUUGUGAUUUCAGUAUCACAGAUUUGAGAGGGGAAGUCUUGUGGUGUGCCUUCUGCUUCUAGUUUUGUUUUUGUAUGCCAUGUCAAUAAAAUCGUAAGUUAAAAGAGCAUUUCCCUGCUUAAGUACAACUUCAUUUGUGCCCUGAAAUACUGAGUUAGAAUGGUAACAUGGAAAGGCAUGGGGCUCUGUCUAGUAUUCCAAGUUGUAUCUUAGAUCCAAGGUUUUUUUCUGGUUUUAUGUAGGGGAGCAGGUGUUAAUUCCCUUGAGAAAAAAAAAAUCCCUUGCAGAGAUCCCUUUGUAGUCAACAGGUGUUUUAUCCAGCACAUCUGUUUUUACUGGUUUCAAAUGCCAUCCUUGAUCAACUCUGUUGAGAGACUGUUCAUGAUUCCUAUUUUUAACACAAGUAGCAACUGUGUUUCAAGUGAAAAGAACCAGUUUAAAUAUGUGCAAUUUUUAAAACAAUUUAAUUUUUUUUUUUGGUUGUGAAAAGUGUAUGCAAAACAUUCACUUUUCACCAAAAUUUAUGGCACAAUACCUUUCUAAUGAGCUCCACCCCAGGAGACACUAGUUUGGGCUGUUUAACCAGUACUAUGUAAUGGCAUAAUAUUUUAUAAUGGAAUUUAUCACUAUACUUACAGGUUUUAAUUUAAAAGUAAAGUGAUGCCUACUAUAUUUUGCUCAUUUGAAAGCAGGCUGAGUUGAUAAAAGUUUAUUUAAAAAGGGAAGUUGAUGAAUUACUAAAGUAUGAAAGGAGAAUGUAUUUGUAGAAUAAAGCUACAUUUUCACUUUUGCCCAUGAACCUGAGGGUGUUUGCAGAUAAUAUUCAAUGUUAGCCAUGUCAGUCCAGAAAUCAGAGGCAUUAUAUUGUGUCAGAACUAGUCAUAAAGAAAGAUCUCCAAAUUCCAUCAGUAUUUCCUAGAAUUUUGACAAAUAGCAGUAAGACUAUUGAAAUCCAUUGAAAAAUGGAUUUUAGUAUUUUGUAUUUUGUCCCUGAAAUACUUCCAUUGUAGUUGUUUUAAAUUUGUUAGCUGUUUUCCUUAAAGACAUGAAAAAAGGGCUGUAUUUAUCCUGCUUUGUGUUGCCAAGGGCUUCUACAUUCAAUAGAACCAUAAUUGCUUACUUUAGGUUGAUUCUCAGCAGAUGUCAGUGAAAUUUCUUACAACAGCUUUAAAAUGUUAAUUUCUUGCAAAUUUUAUUAGUUACCAAUUUAGAAUAAAAUCUCACUAAUUCCUUGAAGUAUUCAAGGUACAACCAAAAAUAACAUAGCUAACAUUUCUAUAAUGGCUGCUUUGAAAAAAAGGCUGUUUUAAUUUUUCUUAGAAAUAAGAUGAUUUUUCAGUAACUGUUGGAAUAAUAAAGAUAGCUGAAGAGUCACAGCAUGGCUGAAUUGUUUUGAAAUGGAGGAAAAAGUGCAAAGAAUUGAACCUUUUUUUUUUCUUUUAGUUAAAAAUAUAUUGUUAUUCAGCCUGAUAGGAAGUUUGAUAAUACUUUAUGCUGUGAACUGCAUUUCCUGCUGUUUGUGAGAAUUCUGUAUUUCAUUACUUUUAACUUCCUUGACAACACGUGUUCAUGUUCAAAAUUAGCAAGAAUUUUAUACCAUAAGCAAUGCCGAAAUACUUUUUUCUGUUAAUUUUCUAGAGGGUUGAUAAAUAAGAUGGAUUACUUCUGUUAGAAAGUAAGGAAAAAGUAUUUUAUAAUGUCUGGGGCCAGUAGAAUUUUGUCCUGGUAAUGCAGUUCUGGUGUUUUUUGUUGUUCACAAGGUGGCAGUCCUGUGCUGUCUUGUUGAGGUGACCAAGUGCUUUGUGCAAUGCUGCUUGAAAUCAUAAUGUUGUUCCAGCAACACUCUGAUAAUUAAAAAACUUCAAGUUCUCUCAUGGCUAACUGAUUUAGCUAUAAUGUCCUUGUUAAUUCUAAAUAUAUACAGUACAUUAAGUUUUACUAGAACAAGUUUUGUUAAUCUUUAAAGUGUCUGUCCUGCAAUUUUUUACGUUUGUGAAAUUUUCAUGUCUGCUUUAAGAACAAAAUGAAACUUGAAAUCCUACUGUUGUAAAGAUGUUGUUUCUAGCGGAUUAGCAGAUUUCCUUUGGGUGUUUUAUUAUUAAAUUUCACAGUAUUCUUACUUUCUUUGCAUAUUCAUUCUAGUUUCUGUCUAAGAAGAAAAAAAAACCCCUGAAGGACAAAUUGAGAAAAGCAGAAUAAUUAUGCUGUUGAAACUGACACGUUUCUGAAAUAUUCACUCUCUUUUGGGUCAUGCACAUACAAACUAUAAAUGCUUAAGUAAAUGUUGGCCCUAUAGUAUAUUGACUACUUUAUGUCUUUUAAAUACAUAAUCUAGUUUUUGUGUAAUGAAAAACUGUAAAGUCCAGUCCAUGAAAGUGCUUCUAAUUAUCUUAAACUUUUUCUAUAUUCAGCAUCCUAAUUUUUUCCCCCUGAAAAACUUUGCACUCCUUGCUUAUCCCUUGUUUGAUAAGACAUGCUUUUUAUUUUCAAUUCAGUGACAUUUUUCUGUCACCUGAGGCAUGUUUUAUAGAAAAACAUCCUUCUCAAAAGUAUGCUUUAGAUAGAUGCAGAUAAUUGGUUUUGCCAACAAACAUCCUUUUACAAACAAAAAGGAUCUGUAUGAGACAGAAAUGUUAAUCUACCUAGCCAUGUGUAGCUAAAAUGCCCUUAAUUUGCCAGUUUUUCUGCUUGAUCUCAGAAUAUGCUCAGGACCUCACGCUGUUCCUUCAGCUUCACGAAUAAGUGGGAUACGAGGAGCAGGAAGCAAGAGGAAAAAUGUUUCUGCAGAUCAUUGUCAUGGCAGUGCUGCCCUCACUGGGAGUGUGCAAGGUUGCCAGGAGCAGGAGUGAGUGGGUGCUUCUGGCUGUGGCUGGCUAAAGUAUGUGGUGAUAGGGGAGAGCUGCUUGCCAUACACGAGUGGGAAUGUCUUCUCCAGCUGCAAGGAGAAUCUGCUUGUUCCUAGAGCUGGCUGGAUCUCUGGGAGAAUAAUCCUGCUGAAAUCUGACAAGGGAACUGGUUUGUUGGAAGAUGUUUUAGGGCUUCACUGUGCAUCUGUAAAUAAAAAACUGUUCUUGCUGUGUUCAGGAAAUGUGAGCUUACUUGAAACACAGCUGUGUCAAAUAGGGAAGGAGUUACUUUCAUUUUUAUGGAAUAAUAGAAUCAUUAAGGUUGGACAAGACUCAUAAGACCAUCGAGUCCAGCUAUCAACCCAGCACCACCUUUUUCAGCACUAAACUGUAUGCCCACCUACCACAUUCGUGCACCUUUUGAACGCUUGGAGGGAUGGUGAUUCCACCACUUCCCUGGAUAGCCUGUUUCAAAGCCUGACUACCUUUUCCACAAAGAAUUUUUUUGUAAUAUCCAAUCUGAACUCAAGGCCAUUUCAUCUGGUCCUCUCACUUGUUAUAUGGGAGAAGAAACCAACCCUGAGUGUCUGAAAGUGGUUCAGAGACCACUUUCAGACACUUUCUUCAGACCUAUAAUUUUAAUAUAUGUAAAUCGCAUUUUCCUGCGAUUCCCUUUUGAUUCCCAUUGAAUCUCAAAAAAGCAUUCUCUGUCUGAUUUUCACGUUAUCAGUUGCCCAGAUACUUUAGUGAGUUUAUGAUGUACUUUGGACCUGAUUACCAAGAGAUUUGAUAAUCAGGCUGCCUUGGCAAAAACAAACAGAACUUUGACGAUAACGGUAGGAUUGGAUCAGACUGGUGACAGGCAAGAAGAUUGAAUCAACUUCUACAAGCAAGAGAUGUCACAAAAUGUAAGUGGUUAUAUGAUGAUUAACCCAAUCGUUGUAGUAAAAAAUUACUAGUCUUCCUAGAACAGUACAUAAGCAUAUGUUGUCCACAGUACAAUGGGUCUCUGACCACCACCCACUCAGUCUCCCUUUCUCUCUCCAUCACCAAUAGGUUUAUAAUACAAAACUGAUGUGUCUUAAAAAGUAGACAUUGUUAAAGCAAUGUUUCCCAUGUGCUCUAUAUCCUGGUUUUAAGUAGAUGUAAAUUAAUAUCCUAUGCAUUUAAUUCAAAUUGGCUUGAAUUCCUGUUAAUAACAGCGGUGUAUGCCUUUUCAAAGCUGUAAUUGCAAGAGUUCAUGUCCUUAGCUAAAUUUGCAUCUUCUGUAAUGAAAUUACAUUUUGACAUUCUCAUAUCAACCCUCCUAAAAGUAUUGUCAUAGAAAUAAUCUUGUGAAAACAUAAUGAAAAAGGAAUGGUGAUUAUCACUGGCAAGAGUCUAAUUUUAGGGCGAUACUUCAGACCUGCAAGUUUGGUACAUGUAAAUCAUGCUGCAUUUUCCUGUGUUCCCAUCAAAUCUCAAAGCAGUGCCUGGCUGAACUGCAAUUUAAAUGACAAGUUUCAAAAAAACAAAGAAAACGGAGUUGAGAACAUCACCUAUUCUAAGGGUGGCACUUCACCCUUGGGGUCAGUGCUGAUCAAAUGCCCGCACAUUGUUGGUGUGUGGGAGUAAGCACAGUAUAACCAUAGUCCUGGUGAAGGGCAGUGGGGGUGUUUUGCAUGCUGCAUUGGGAUUCCUUCCUUACUAGCUGCCCUGUGCAUUCCUGAGCUGCUACAGCACUACAUACUUAUUGCCAGUAGUAUUAUUUUACAUUAGAGAUAGUUGUGAAGGUGAGAAUUCAUCUGCCAGACAUCUCAUCGAAACCACCCUCUAGUGUGAGCUUCUUUGCUAGUGCUAGGCAGGGCUCUCCUGAGCUGGGGAAGCCUCAUAUCCAAGGCUUGAGGCCAGAAUGACCAGUGUUUGAGCUGAUUUUCCUGGCAGCCAUUCUACUAGCUAAAUUUGAAAAUUUUCAGCCCAAUCCAAUGUGUUGCUAACUUGCUUUAAAAUCUCAAGAAGCCUUGUGGAAUUACCUUCUCUCCUCAUGUCCAGCCUCUGGAGAAUGAAACAGAAACAUGUCAAAGGAAAAGGAAUUUAUAUUUAAGAGUUGUAUGUAUCCUUGCUAGAACUAUAUCAGUGCACAUUUGCUUCAAUAACUGCGUUUCGUUCUCUUAAUUAUUACUAGAAUGGAUUUUUCUUCCUUCUUUUCUGAAACAAGGAAGAAGAAUAGUUUGCUUAAAACAAAAAAGAAAUUAGAUGUCUGGCGGUUUUCUUAAGAAUUAAGAAAAUGUAUUUGAGAUUCUGGAAACAGCUGUUGUCUGAGAGAAGCCUUAAGUUCACCUUCAAGAUAAAUACUAGUAAUUUCCCUUCUCCCUCCUAUACUGCUUAUAAAAUAUAUAUUGUUUAAAUUCUGUGAGGGUGGAAGAGGGGUGUAGCUUCGUAAUGGCUUAGUCUGGCUGUUUGCCUGACAGGAGGCCACAAAACUUUACCUAAGAACUCCUACCAAGGAGGAAGUUACUCUCCACAUUAUGUAAGUGAAUCCUGUGGAGUUUAAUAUUUUGAAGCUGAAAUGGAGCUCAUCUUUUGCAAACACACUCUAUUUAAAGCAGUCAAGUAGUGAUGAAUUUGCUGUUUUAUUAGACGAGCUUUUGCAGAGAUUGAUUUAUUCUACUCUUAGGAACCUUUUCUCUCUCGUUGUGAUCUUGCUACAUCUGUGCAAAGACAAUUCCCUCCAUUUUCCUCCUCCACUUGUGCAGAUACAUACAAUUUAUGCUGGUGUGUGCAGCUCACAGCACAACAGCUUCUUAACCUACUGACCUACAGGGAUACAAGGAUUUGGCAUCCCAGAUUGCUUUUCACUCACUUUAUUUUCAGCACAUAAAGAAGUUAUGAUCAAUAUAAUUGAAGACUUCACAAAACUUCUGAGAUCUUUUUCUAUAUGGAAGAAGUAUCAUCUGCCUAGACCUGUGCCCGCUGCUCUGUUUAGCUGAAACAAGGUCUGUGGCCUCUUGUAUGCAUGGAUACUCCCACUGUGAGGAGCAUGAUGGCUGCCUUGUACAUGAAACAUCAAUUUUUGUCUUCUAAAGACAAACUAAUGGAAAAAUCAGUCCAAAAUAAAUAUAAACAAUUCCCACAAUAACUGCUUUCAUCUUUGUUAGGGAAGUGGCUGGAGAUAUACACAACAGUUUUCUUGCUUCUCCUUGAUGAUUACUAUGUUAAUAGUAGUUAGGGCAUGUGAAGUUUCAGUUUGGCUGAGCAGUUUUUGAUUUGGCUGUUUCCUGUAGAGCUCCAUAAAGUUAAAUGCUUGUGGAGGCAAAUUUAAUUGAUUGAUUACUGUUUUAACCUCGAAAGCCAGGGCUAACUCAAGUAGCUUGCUGUUGUAUUGAGAGGUUGGCUGUGUUUUUCUUGAGACAUAGUUUUUUUGUGGAGUUCGAGCACAGGAAUUUUCUGUCGAAUUAAAAAUAAAUGUAUUCAGAUUAUGAGAAUUCUGUAAGGAAGCCUGUUUUCUUAUCCUUAUACUGACUAAACAUUUGCCCUGAUGGGGCUCUGUGUACUCUCUAAUACAUGGAAUCACUCUGCCUGAGGGCUAGAGGACUUUAGGCAUUGUUUUAAACAGCUAUCAGAUCAGCUAACCUUGCAGGAAGCCUUUGAUUUUGAAUUAAAAGGUCGCCACCACCAUCAGUUGGUGGGCUCAGUCCUCUUGCACUUUCAAAUCCUAGCAUUAUAAUUAAAACUUUGUGAAUAAAGAGUCCUUCUGGAAAACAAUUGUCCAUCCUAGUAGCAAUUAAGUCUUCUAUAAACCUUAGCAUGCAAUUACAGCAAAGAUCAGUUAAAGUAAGCCAUUUGUGACUGAAUCUGGAUCAAGGAUGUUAACACCUGUGAAGAUUCUACCUUGUUAUUUAAGUCACACACAACAGAGUACAUGAUGCUCUUGAACUUUCUUGCCCAUCAGUUUGUCAGAGAAUAAGCAAGCAAGAAAAGCCUUUAAAGUCAGUCCUAACAUCUAACUAACUGAUAGUCUGCAGUUACUUGGCAAAAAACUAGCCCAUCAAAAUCAGCUUGUAGCCUCCUCCAGGGGUUUUGCUGAGAUGGAUCUCAUGAUAAAUGUUCUUCAGCCCUUUUUGUGUUUUCUUUCAAAUGCAAGAUCCUCUUCACUCAAGGUGGCUUUAUUGCCUCUUGGAUGAAAAAUUGGUUUGGAGGUCUAUUUUAUUAUAUUAAAGAAGUGUUUAUGCAUUAACAUGAGUAAUACUUCGACCAAAUGGAUCUAUACCCUACAGUCAAAAUGCAAACAACAGUGUGUAUUGACAGAAUCUAUUCAAUAUUUUAUUUUCUCAUUAAAUCUAGCAUAAAGUAGACGGGAUAAUUUGGUAUUAGAUUUAAUCUUUCAUGUUACUGUGCAAGUGUAUAGAUAUUGACAAUUUGUUUGGUCCUUUAAACAUAUACUUCCGAGGCAGAGUUGAAGAAGGUAAUUACAAUCCAACUCACUUUUCCAUUACCCACACACUAAUUUAAUUGAAAUUGUAGUAAGUACAACUUCAUGAGAUGGAUCUAUUUUCAUUUCAAUACUGCAUUCUCUGAGGACACUAGAGGAUAUAAUUCAACAGGAACUACACUCUAAAGGAAUAAUAACGCCUUCUGGAACGCUUCAGCUGCAUGCACUCAAUCUACAACCUGAAAGAACAGGCAUAAAGACCUUACAGAUUUUUGGAUUUGUAUAUUCACUAGAAUGUAUAAUGUUAAAAAUAAAAUACAACUCAGGGCAGUGACUACUUUUUUUUUUUAAACUACUGUUUGAUAUUUACAACAAUGGAACAAUACAAGGAAAUACAAAGCUGAAAAGAUUUCUUUUUACAGAUUUUCUGUUGUCAGCUCAAAUAAGGUAGAAAACAGCUGUGCACCAAAUCUGAAAAGGUGGAUCUCCUUCAUCAUGUGCUCAUCUGCAUUUUUAUCAUUCUAAAUACCUUUAUUAAUCUGGUAUUUGCCUUUGAACCUUCACUUGGACUUCUGUAUUUUGAUGACAAAUAAAAGGAGAAACUGUAGGAUUCCCAGUAAGUUGCAUGGAGAAAAAGAUAAAAGAAAAAAAAGACUGGAUAUGGAACUCGAUACCAUGGUUUAGUUGAGGUGUUGGGGCAUGGGUUGGACUUGAUGAUCUUUAAGGUCCCUUCCAACCUAGUCAUUCUGUGAAUUCCUAGUCAUAAUGCUGUGUGCAUUUGCAGGAAGCUUAGAAUAAAUUCCACAGUAAAGAGCCUCAGCCUCCACUUUCAUCCCUUUCUAGGGGAUGAGUGAUCCCAUUGUUUCCACCAUAGGCUGUACCUCUUUGUGCGUGGCUGUUCUUCCUUUUGUGCCAACCUCUCUUCUCCAUGUAAGCAUGUGCCACAGACUGUCCACAGUUGUAGCUGGCUUUGUCUCAGCCAUCCUGGCAUGCUGAGGCUAGUUCUUUAUGUCAUUCCUGCUGCUGAAAAACAAAACUCAAGUGUUCAUUUGGGCAAGGAUUUCAAUUGAUGUAAAUGUAGGCUGUACUUAUCAUCAGCUUCAUUGGGAUGGCAUCAAAAAACUGGCCUGGCAAAAGGAGCGUGUGAUCAUCCUACCCUGGCUGUCAGAAGCAAAAUUUGCAGUGUGGGAGUUCUGCUUGUCUUGGUUUUCUUAGCAGGGCCUCUUCAGAUGAUUGAUCUUUUUUAGCUGGGGUGAGCUGACAGCUCUUUUGCCUUGUCCUGAGAUAAUGUAACAAAGCUCUGAGCUCAGCAGACUGUGUUGUGCCACCUUCUAGAAGCACUAAAGACAGCCAUAAAAUUGCAUGUCAGUUGUUAGCCCAGCCUGGCCUCCUCCUCUGAGGUGUUGCAGCAUCAGCAUUUGCUCAGCCUGGGAAUGGACGGGUCUUCAGCAACCCAAAAGCCAAGGCUGUUCUUUUAUGCUUUGGUUCUUAUUUGAUCUAAUUUUGAUUGUGUCCCUAAUUCACCCAUGGAAGACUUUUUGAAGGCGCAAAUGCAGAUCUGCACUUAAGUCUUAUGAUUAAGGCAUUAGAAGUCCUAAAAUUUAGAAACAAAGGAAGAAACAAUUUCUGUCAUAUUUUCUUAAUUCCCUGUACUCAAGAGUACACUAAAUGUAGUUCUUUUAGAACUGAAAUUAACAUGGAGAACAGUUCACCUUAUAACACUCUUGCUUUGUUCUGUACUUUUUGUUGUGUGGUUCCCAUAGAAGGUAGUGGUGACUGGAA